AUGGCUCCUAUUCGCAAACCAACUGUUAGAAAAGAGUGUCGAUGCUCUAUCUAUAAAAGCAAGACACUAAGAUUCGAUUGUGUAUCUGUUAAAACAUUUAAACAUCAUCAAGAAAAAGAUAAUCAUGAUAUUACACAUGUUCAAAUGCCCCAUGAAGACACAUGCGAUACAAUUAGUAGUACUGUUUCUGAGCCUGUAAAUCAAGAGGAAGAUAGUUUUGAAUUUGAACAGGAAGAUGUUGAAAUGAAUUCUGAGCUUAGAAACCUAAAUGACACAAAUGACAUUUUGUAUAUAUGGACAAGAAACCAACCUAUCUCUGAAACGGAUUGUGUGUUUGGCCCUAAAGAUAAUGUCCAGUAUACAAGUGACACUUACAAAGAAGAAGAAGAAUAUGAAGAUGAAUCCGAUGUUGAGAUGGACAAUGAUGAAGAUUCUUCAUUGGAAUCAAUCUUGGAAUUGAAUUUGAUUCACCAAUUCAUUGUUAUUUCGGUUGCUCUUUUUGUCUCACUAUACGUCGUGGAUGAAGGAGCUGUAAUCCUGAUUGUCAUAAUCAACAAGAUCCUGCAGUUUUUGUUUGACCCAUUCCGCCUUCCUGUAAGUGUUGCUGGUCUCAAACGUUUGGCUGAAUUUGAAGCGUUGACAAGUGGUGUCAAGAAGUAUGUUGCAUGUAAUGAAUGCCAUGCCAUAUAUGAUAAUGAAGCCGCCCCUUUGUGUUGUACAUCACCCAAUUUUGGUAAAACGUCUUUGUGUGGCAACAUCUUGUUUAAGUCUGGUCCUGGGUCAAAAGCACCCAAAAAGACAUAUUACUUUGACAUUGUCCGCUGCAUGAUCAUUGAUCCCAUGCACAAUCAUCUCUUAGGCACUGCCAAAAGAAUGCUGGAGAGAUGGGUUGCGGAUGGAUUAAUUGACAAUAAAAAAUUUGUUGCCAUGCAAAAGGCUGUUGAGAAGGUAGUGUUGCCGCCCGAUUACAUGUCACUUGGGACAAAGAUUGCCAAGGGAUUUCCCUAUAUGAAGGCUGAUGAGUGGAAGUCUUGGUGCCUUGUGUACUCUCCUGUGGUUCUAAGGGAUGUGUUGCCAUUGUCAGAGUUCAAGAACUGGAUAGAGUUUGUUAACGUAUGCAGAUACUUCACCAAGCCUAGUUUUUCUGAAGAAGACAUUGAGAAAGAACACAAAUGCUUAGAAGAAUUCUGUAAAGGGUGUGAGACAUUGUACAACCUGGACCUUCUCUCUCCCAACAUGCACCUGCAUCUGCACUUACGCCAAACAAUGAUUGACUUUGGGCCCGUCUAUGGCUAUUGGCUUUUCAGCUUUGAAAGAAACGGGUUCGAAUUGACAUUUAUGAGACAGUUCAUUGAAGAGUUGCGGAAGGGAGAUUUUGUUCAUCGACUUCUGAAACCUAUGCAUGCACUUGCAUGUUUUGAAAUUUUUGAUAAGUUCACCACUAACAACAACAACACCAACACCUACCUCUCUCACUCUUUCUCAAUUUCCAAAUAUCUUGAAGCUUCACAGAAUCUUUCAAUGACAAUUCGUGGAAACGAGCCCCUGCCACCAUCUGCCUUGCCAUUGAAAACAAGACCAUUACCAUUUAUGCCAAAACAUGAAUAUGAUUGUCUUGUAGGAUACUAUCAAGCUGCGUACAAGAAUCUACAGAUCUCAGGUUGCAAAGAUGUAAUUGAUGACUCACCUUUCAUCAAUGACUGGAUCGAAAUGGUGAAGUCCGUUGAUCUUCUUGGGCAAAGCUACAAAGGGUGCAUUGGCACAAAUGGCCACGGAUCAUACAUACAAGCAUAUUUCACUGAACGAACUGAGUUGGAACAUGCGCCAACUGUUUCUUCUCUAACAUACAGAAAUCCCCAUAGUAGUCAGCAUGUAUUUGCAUUUGUCAAAUGGUUCAAAUCCACUUUGGACAAAACAAGAGAAUUAGAAGGAGUUGAGUUGUUACAGAAUGAAUUCUACAAGCAAGAUUUUCAAAGCAUUCUGCCAGUACAUCAGAUUCACCUAACAGUUGCAAUAGUAGAUUACAAAACUACAAAAAACGUCAACAAGAAACUCGCGAUUCCUUUACCAAAACAAAUUUACUAUUAA